AUCAUUGCGUUGUCGCCUCGCAUUCAUUUUCUUCUCUUCCAAGCGCGCGGUUCGUUCAGUGGGUAAAAAGUCGUUCAAGUUCCGUUCGCUAUUCUCCGGACUCGAAUAAAGCCAAUAUACCGCGGAGUUGUUUUACCGUUUUGAAUAUUGAUCGUGUACGAAAAGAGUCUUGCAAAUUUAAUAAGAGUGCCGGCGACUUCGAUUGAUUUUUGAGUUGAACUGCUGCGAAUACCUGAAAAAGUGUUUUUUGUUGUUUUUUUUUUAUUUGGCGAACGGACGAAGAGCAAAAGGACCUCUGCGGCCGUAUAUAAACUGUUUUUUUUUAUUGUUGCAAUGCAAUAUUCGCGAAACCAACAACAACACACAUAACUCAACAUUCAAGUGCCAAGCAAAUAAAAAUCAAACGCAAAAAAGAAAUAUUGAAAUAUUGCCCAGUGGAAAAUAUAAAAAAAGCAAACAACAACGGCAAAAUCAAUAAGAAAAAAGGGAUCAACAAAAUGUCUGUUACUUUAGUGCAGAAAUCGACAAAAAUGGCCAAUUUCGACUCUUACGACUUAUUCCAAAGGGUGGCCAGCUAUCGUGAUCGCGAUCAUCUCCAGCAACAGCAGCAGCAGCAGCAGCAAGUGGAGCUAGUCCUGGAUAGCAGCAACAUGGAGCAGCAACAGCAACCACAUCGUCUCCAUGGCGCCCUCACACGCACCAUUUCACAGCCGGCCCAGCUUAUUCAACAGCAGCAACAGCAACAGCAACAGCAGCAGCAACAACAGCAGCAGCAGCAACAUCAGCCGGUGGCCAGUUUGGUGACCAUCAUGGAGAACCUGAGCAACAUAAACCUGCACCGAAAGCUAGAGAGGACACAGUCGGAGCCACUGCCACAGCAGCCGAUGAACACAUCCAGAUACAAGACGGAGCUGUGCCGCCCGUUCGAGGAGGCCGGCGAAUGCAAGUACGGCGAGAAGUGUCAGUUUGCUCAUGGUUACCACGAGCUGCGCAACCUGCAGCGUCAUCCCAAAUACAAGACGGAGUAUUGCCGCACCUUCCACAGUGUUGGCUUCUGUCCUUAUGGACCGCGCUGUCAUUUUGUCCACAAUGCGGACGAGGCACGUGCCCAGCAGGCAGCCCAGGCAGCCAAGUCCUCUUCCCAGUCGCAGUCACAGUCGCAGCAGCAGCAACAACAGCAACAGCAACAGCAGCAGUCAUCGUCUUCGUCCUCAUCCUCGUCGUCGGCGAAGAGCAACCAGAGUAGCAAUAAUAGCAGCAGCAACAGCAGCAGCGGCAGCAACAACAGUAGCCAGUUCUACUUGCCGUUGAGCCCGCCGCUGAGCAUGAGCACAGGAUCGGAUCGGGAAUCGCCCACUGGAUCUCUGUCCCUCAGCCCCACAAAUUCCUUGACCAACUUCCCAUUCCAUGAUAACCUGCAGAUGCAGCAGGCCUUUUUGGCCUCCAAAGGUGCCAAGAGUCACAGUUCUGCCUCGUCCACAUCCUCAGCCUCGGGCUUGGGACUGGGUAUGAGCAUGGGCAUGCCAAUUGGAAGCAUGGCCCAAAGCAUGGCCAUGGGUAUGGGUAUGGGUCAUCAUGGACCGGCUACGCCGCCCGAGAGUCCCAAUGUACCCAUUUCGCCAGUGCAUACGCCACCGCCAUACGAUGUCGUCGUCAGUGGUGGAUCUGGAUCUGGAUCUGGAGCGGGCAAGCAGCUGUUGCAGAAGAGCAUCAGCACACCGAUGCAGCAGGAGGAUAGCCCCAGGUUGCCGGUAUUCAAUCGUCUCAGCUCCGCGGUGGAGGCCUACCAGCAGCAGUCCAAUUUGGGACUCUAAGAGUAGUAGUCAGAGAUGCCUCUAACCAACAUCCAACACUCCUCACGCCCAUCAACGCAUCCCUCCAUUAACAAAAACAAACAACAAACAGCAAACAGCAACAACAACUACAGCAUCCUUGACAAAAUCUCAGUAACGACCAAUCCAUGGAAAAACCAGAACCAAACUCCUUUCUGCAAUCCAAAACCCAAAGUUCCUUCCAAAAGGCAGCUGGCGAUUAAGUGUAUAUUAAGUAUACGCCACCGACAAAGCAGGCCACUGCCUAGCACAGAACUUCCAUCCCUCCUUUCCUUUUUAAUGGAAAAACUAGAUACCUUUUAAUGGGGAAACCAGAACCCAACUCCUUCCUGCAAUCCAAAACCAAAAUUCUCCCAAAAGGCAGCUGGCGAUGAAGUGUAUAUCAAGUAUACGCCACCGAUAAAGCAGGCCACUGCCAGGCACAGAACUUCCAUCCUUCCUUUCCUUUUUAAUUGUGAAACGAUCUUUGAUAUAUGAUUUCUCUCAUGCUGUGACAGUCAAUCGUUAUCGUUAUCGCUAUAUAUAUGUAUAUAUAUAUAUAUAUAUACAUAUGUAUAUAUAUAUAUAUAUAUAUAUAUGUAUAUGAGAAGGACCGAACGAUUAGACAGAUAGAUGAUACGUAAAUGACAAACAAACAAUCCAAGCAAACGAUGAUCUUAAAACCUAAAACUAAAUACUAAAAAAAAAAGAAACAAAACAAAAAGCGAUGAAAGCUAAACACGAAACAUUCUUAAAAACUGGACAAAAAAAAAAAAGAACGGACUACAUUGGGAAUCUUCAGCGAAUGUUGCUCAAAAAAUGAAAAUCAAAAAUCGAAAAAAAAAGAACACAAACGGCCAACGACGAACGUGUGAAUAUCGUUCCUGCAUUUAUUAUAGAACCUACUGCAGUGCACCCAUUAGAAACCCCAGCACACCAACUGUCUCCUAUAUAUAUAUAUGUAUAUAUAUGCCAGGCACUUUGGAUUAGUCUUAUGUAAAAAAAAGAAAAUUGAUUAUAUAUAUGUAUGGCCAGAGCACCUCUGUAUAUAUCCCUAGAUGUGGAUGAAGAGAGUGAAAGAGUUGGUGGUCCGAUGUCUUCCAAUCCAAGCCAAGCCAAGCCAAGCCAAUCCAAUCCAAUCCAAUCAAUCAAACAACCAACAAGAUGAGAAUGAUAGACGGACAGAAACGGAUGAGGAGCUAAGGAAAUUCUUUAAUUUAUUAUUUUUUUGCUAAAUUUAUGUAAUAGAAAACGUUGUGUACAUACGAGAGGGUUAAUAUUUUGAUAAUUUUUAUAAAUUAUGUUUAACAAUUAUAUUACGAUUACGAAUGAUUAUGAUGAUCUUGGA